UCUACAUAGUUAGACAGUAACAUACAGCAUCUCUGACUUCUAGACUCACAGUCCAUUAUGGGUGAAGAAUAAGGAAUGAAACAAAUGCCUAGAUUCUAAUAAUUCUAACAAUAUAUUGUAAUAAUAAUCCAUUAUUAAUAAUCAAUAAUCCAUCUUUCAUCCAGUUUUAUCCCUUUAUUUGUGGCUUCAGCAAAGUGGUCACAUCACACAACCUGCACCCAGAUACUACAGAGUUGCACCCCCCCUCAGUGUGAGGGACAUGAUGGAUGCCAGGGAGGAGAUGCUGACCCUGCUACAGAAGCUCUGGGCCAAACUGCAGGGUCUCCCCACCGCCAGCCCUCUGGAGAUGGGGGCCUUCGCUGUCCUCGUCCUCUUUAUCGGCUGUGAGCUGAAUGACACCCAGAGAAAUGCAGUGUUUGAAAUAGCGGAGGAUUUGUUGGAGCAUCAGUUCUUUAUCCGAACGAUGUGUCUGAGUGCAGAGGCCAGUAAGGAGAUGCAUGUGGUGGAGGUACAGGACAGAGUUGGGGAAUGCUGCAAGCCAGUGCCCAUUGCCACACUUCACCCUAUGUGCCAACCUAUGGUCAGUUUCAGUGGGUUUGAGCUCAAGCCACCUGUCCUCUUCAACCUUCGCUCUGGGCAGGGCCCCCUCUUCAUUUCUGGACAGCAUUUGACAUUGGUCUAUGAGGAGGAGGAGGAGGAGAAGGAGGAGGAGGAGAAGAAGAAGGAGGAGAAGAAGGUCUUCUAAUCAACACCCCCACUUGAUCACAGUGGUCUUCAAUAACAUGAUCCAAUUUGAAGGACUUCAAUAAAACACAGCACAAAAAGUAGAA